CGCCGCGAGCAACUACGAGCUGCAGACUCCAGUUCCUCAGAUUCACAGUAUGGAGAGCAGCUGAUCAGACCGUUACUUUUCACCGGACCAUUCUUUUUAUUCUCGAGCACCUACCCCUGUCAUUUUUCCAUGUUCGAAGUGCUAGACUUCAGAAACUAGUUGAACUGUUAGUUUUUGUAACUUUUUCUGUAGUAGCACUGAAACCUUGACGAGCUUUGUUUUUAGAUACUUUUUCCAUAGUGUUGUUCCUCUCAAGGAUGCGCAAAAGGAUGGCCCAUUUUCUGAAUCAGAAGAGGAGCCUUUUGAAUGUGCUCUACGUGUAUUUGUCUGUUUCUGUAGUUCACUCCUACAACAUUGAUUUAGAACAUCCUAUUGUGUUCCGUGGACCUGACUCGAGUUUCUUUGGAUAUUCUGUUCUGGAGCACUAUCAUGACAAUACGCGCUGGGUGCUGGUAGGGGCCCCCAAGGCCAACUCUUCCCACAGCAGCUCUGUUCACACCCCUGGAGCCGUGUUCAAGUGCCGUGUCCACAGCAACCCAGAGAGACGCUGCACUGAGAUGGACCUAGGCAGAGGGAACAAGCCCAGGGAGUCUUGUGGGAAGACGUGCCAGGGAGACAGGGAUGAUGAGUGGAUGGGGGUCAGCCUCGCCCGGCAGGACAAAUCCAAUGGAAAAAUACUGGCCUGUGCCCACCGUUGGAAGAACGUCUACUAUGACUCUGAGCUCAUCCUUCCCCAUGGUUACUGUUCCAUUAUCCCUCCUACGCUACAGGGCCGGACCCAAGCCCUCAUCCCCUGCUAUGAAGACUAUAAGCAGAAGUAUGGGGAAGAGCACGGCUCGUGCCAAGCGGGGAUAGCGGGCGUUUUUACUGAGGAGCUGGUGGUGAUGGGAGCUCCAGGAUCAUACUACUGGACAGGAACAGUCAAGGUCUACAACCUGACCUCCAGCACCUUCUACAACCCCAACAAAGAAGAAGUCGACUCACACAGAUACAGCUAUCUAGGCUAUGCUGUGACUGCUGGACACUUCUCCUCUCCUAACUUCAUAGAUGUGGCUGCAGGAGCUCCACAACACAGUGGAGGAGGAAAAGUUUACAUUUUCAGAAUAGAUGGUGGGUCUUUGGUGAAGAUCUUUCAAGCCUCAGGGAAAAUGAUGGGCUCUUACUUUGGCUCCUCAUUGUGUGCAGUUGACCUGAACCGGGAUGGCCUGUCGGACCUGCUGGUUGGAGCGCCCAUGCACAGCACGCUACGGGACGAGGGACAGGUCUCUGUCUACCUCAGCAAGGGCAAUGGGGUGAUGGAGCAGGCUGAACUCUUAAAUGGAGAUGAUGCCUACAAUGCACACUUUGGAGAGUGCAUCACUGCAAUCGGAGACAUCGAUGACGAUGGGUACCAAGAUGUGGCCAUAGGAGCACCCAAAGAAGAUGACUACGGUGGAGCAGUCUAUAUUUACCAUGGCGAUGCCGCAGGAAUCGUCAACAAAUAUUCUAUGAGGCUGUCUGGACGGAGUGUAAACCCCGCCUUCCAGAUGUUCGGCCAAUCAAUAUCUGGCAAUGUGGACAUGGACGGCAAUGGAUAUCUAGACAUUACCAUUGGUGCUUUUAUGGCUGAUAGUGUGGUGUUAUUGAGGUCCCGACCGGUGAUCACUGUGGACGUGUCCAUCUACCUACCUGUCUCCAUCAACAUCUCUGUUCCUCAGUGUCACGAGGGACCACAGCACCUCAACUGUUUCAACGCUACAGUCUGCCUGCUCUUCAGAGGAAAACACCUGCCUGGACAGAUAGAGUUGCUGUAUAACCUGACAGCUGAUGUGGAUAAGAGACAGAGGAGCCAGCCUUCUAGAGUGUACUUGGUUCAGAACGGAGCCCAGAUGAGCUCUGUGAGCAACGAGCUCAGUCUGGACAUCAACACAGUGGAGUGCCACCAGUACACUGCAUACGUUAAGAAGGACGUGAAAGAUGUGUUCACAGCCAUCACCUUUGAAGUGGCCUACACCCUGGGGAAGCAUGUGGUGGAUGGACAUCUUGACAAUGACCUGCCUGCUCUCACACCUGUACUACGCUGGAAGAAAGGAGACAAGAUAGCAGCAAAGAAUGAGACAUGGUUUGAGAAGAACUGCCUGUCUGAUGACUGUGCUGCUGACCUGAGACUCCAUGGGAAACUGCUGCUUUCUGGGCUCCACGUCCAUCCCCACCUUGCCCUAGGAGGAGUGAGGAACGUCUCUCUGAACGUGACCAUCUCCAACGCAGGGGACGAUGCCUACGACACCAAUAUCUACUUCAACUUCUCCAGAGAGGUCUUCUAUAUCAACUACUGGCAGAGGGAAGAGAAGGGUAUUUCCUGUGGUCUUGUUGAUUUAGACUUCCUCAAAUGCAGCGUGGGAUUUCCCUUCAUGAGAGCACAGACUAAGUAUCAUCUUGCAGUGAUCUUCGACACAAGCCGGCUUUCAGGGGAAAAUGAGACAUUGCAGUUUGUAGUUCAUGCAAAAAGUGCCAACCCUGAACAUAAACUGUUGGACAACACCUUGGAUCUUUCUAUCCCACUGGUCCAUGAGGUAGACACAACUAUCACUGGUGUGGUGAACCCGACGUCCUUUGAGUAUGGGAACUCCAUCGAUGCCUCUCGCUUCGUCCAGCUGGAGGACAUGGAGUGUAACUUCCAGCCACUCAACUUCACCUUUCAGGUGAUCAACAAUGGCCCCAGCAGGCUCCCUGGCUCCAUAGUGGACAUCAGGAUCCCCAACCGGCUGGCUGGCAAUGGGGCCGACAUGUUCCUCAUCAUGGACUCACAGGUGGCGGAGGGGCGAGGGAACUGUACCCCCCACAGGAAUCCCCAGCCCUGUACCAUCCCCCAGGACAGAGAGAAUAUCUUCCACACCAUCUUCGCCUUCUUCACCAAGUCUGGCCGCAGGGUCCUGGAUUGUGACCGGCCAGGGAGAGCAUGUUUAACUAUCUCAUGUAAUCUAGGCUCCCAGACCAAAGAGGAUGCUAUCAGUAUAGAUGUGAAACUUCUACUAAACACAGAGAUACUGAAUCGGGACAGCUCGUCGUUGAUCCAGUUCGUGACGAGGGGUAAUGUGAGAGUGGACGGGAGGGCCAUGGAGGUACCAGAGGGCCUAUCAGAAGACACUUCACUGGUGUUCGAGGCGCUCCACAGCCAGGAGCCAAGGGGCUAUGUUGUUGGUUGGAUCAUUGCCAUCAGCCUGCUGGUGGGAAUACUCAUCUUCCUACUGCUGGCUGUGCUGCUCUGGAAGAUGGGUUUCUUCCGCCGGCGCUACCGGGAAAUCAUAGAGGCUGAGAAAAACAGGAAGGACAGUGACGAGAGCUGGGAUUGGGUGGAAAAGAACCACUGAGAGACAGAAGCCAAUGAGAGCGCAGGAAUUGGGGAUUGGGUCAAUGGUGGAUCCAAUGAGCUGGGGGCUUUCACCACAGCCAGCCAAUCAGGACUAAGGGCCCUUCAAUCUUCCAUAUGUGGAAGAGAAAAAAAUAUUCUCCGGAUUUUUCGGAGGGAGACCUGACAUUUUAGUGGGUGGGGGACUGGGGAUUGAGGAAACGAACGAACAGACAUCUGAGGUGAUGGUUGGUGUGGCUUGCUAGGGUCGUAUUCAUUAGGACCUUAAUUCAGUGCAACAGAAAAUGGAAAUUCACGUUUUUUAUUUGACAAGCCCAAUGAGUCUUUUCCUGUUUGUUUUCUUCCGUUUGGUGCCAAAUGAAAACAACACUCGCAAUAGAAUUGAAUUAGUCCCUAUGGAGCUUAUGGAGAUAACUGCCUGACAGUCAAAUCUAUGGAGGUAACUCCCUGCCAACAGAAAAUAACAGAAUGGAACUGGUAAAGAAAGAAGGGGCCUGUUCAGAAGGCUGGAACAUAGAUAGAAAUAUAUCGUGCAGAACAGAAAUGAUUGUCAUAUAUACGAAUAGGGAAUUGCAUCAGCUCUAUUCAUUCUAUUUCUAUCUGCAACGUUCAGAGUGCUUCACGUCCCUGAAUUCACCCAAGGAGAUUGAUGUCCUGUGACAGGAAGUGGAAAUGACAGAUAUUAUCAGACAAGACCAUGAAAACCCUCAGGGCUCUGUUUUAAUAGUAGCAAAAAUUUAUUUUUAUACAUAUAGCCAUAUUGUAUUAAAUUGGGGCUUCGAGAAAGGGUUGGUUGGGGUUUUUGACGUCUAAUGUAAGCAUAUCUAUAUGUUUUUCUUUAAAGCACUGAUGUCCGAGUUGAUAAGAAGAGUUGAUGCUAUGUUUCCAAAGUUUAUCCUUUCUUUUUGAGGCCAAAGAUAAUCUAUAGUAUAGUAUAUGAGUAUAGUAUAUAAUUCUGUACUGUUUCCUGCUCACAGAUAUCUCUUGAAUAUCUCACACAUAUCCUUCUCCCUUAGAUAUCUAUAUGGCAACCAGCCAAAGCAAGUCCUAUGAAAGCCCAUAUAAAUAUAACUAUUAGAGCGGACAUUCCCAUUCAAGUCAACAUUCUAUUUUUAUGUGUAGACCUUCCCUUCACCAUAAACAGAGCUAUAUUUUUGGCACACAUCGAAGUUGUCAUUGUCAUGAAGAAAUGCUGAUAACCAAGCAAAAGAGUUCUAAUACGUUUUUAAUUUAUUGUAUAUGUAACGCUUUUCCAGACCCUCAAAGCGCUUUAUAUAGUAAAAAGGAAACUCACCUCAUCAACUACCAAGUAACCCAUGGUCCAGAUGCAGACAUCACCAACACCACUGUAGCUAGAGCAUUUCAUUUACAGUUAGAGCUCUAUUCAGUCAGUAUCACUGAAGCGUUACAGAUUGCGCGCUAGAAAUGUGAAGCCGACAUGCUGUGUUUACAUGCUGUGUUUACCGUGAAUGCUGUGUUUACCGUGAAUGCUGUGUUUACCGUGAAUGCUGUGUUUGCCGUGAAUGCUGUGUUUGCCGUGAAUGCUGUGUUUGCCGUGAAUGCCGUCUCUGCUAACGAGGAACCAUUGCCUUUACAUUUCAAUCAUGCUGUAACGUGGAACUUCCGCGAUACAGAUUGAAUAGAGCCCUUAAUUUGCCACAUUUCACAAAGUGUGGUCAUUUCAAACUGAAAGUUUAAAAUGUGAGUAAGGCAGAAGAGACAGUGGAUAGAGGAGGAGUGGAUAGAUGGCAUAAACAGAUAUACUCAUCAUUUUUUAGCUCAAAGAAGCAUUCCACUUGUCGCCACUAAGUUAAUAAUCUCUCCAGUGUUGUGUGCCAGAGGAGAAGGUCCAUCAAUUAGAUGAUAGUCUGGAAAAUUUCACAAAUCAUGGUAUUUAAAAAAAAUUAUAAUAAUUUGAACUGUAUCCUUUCAUAUGAGUGGAAAGGUUUACAUUAUACCUUUAAAUUGCCAUUAUACCUAUGUAACUACAUAGAAAGAACUGUAUAAACAACAUUGUAGUUACAGUAGUGAUAGAGUAUUGGCAUAGGGCUAUGCAUUAGAUGCAAAUUAGAACAUUUUGGUUUACAGUUCAAAUGUGUAAUUUAACCCACAUCCCGCCAAUCUUUUGAAGCUACAACAAAUGUUGUAAAGGACAAGUGGAAUAUAGGCUACAUUCUUUGAGAAUCAAGUGUCAAAAGCUGUUUUGGCAAAGAGCUAAUCGCUCAGAUAUCCACAUGAUCAAUCACAAGCAUAGCCUGUUUCAAAUUUCAGGUAACAUGUUUUUAUGAUCCUCAAUGUAGGAUCAUAUGUUGAUUAUAAUGCCAAACAUGACAAUGACUAAAUAGAAAUUGUCUAUACAGCUCAAACAGGUCUGGGACCAGGCUAGAGCGAUACCAAACCGUAUAGGAUGUUUUACUCUACAUUGCCGGAAGAACACAGCCUAGAUCCAAACUGAAUUGUUCCGUUUCACUAUUGUUUCAGUUCAUGUUUGCCACAGUUUUACAAUAGUGAAGCUGAAUAAUUCAGUUAGAAUCGAGGCUAGGAUGAAUAUCUGAGAUCAGUGUAAACUAUACCAACCUACAGUUGAAGUUGGAAGUUUACAUACACUUAGGUUGGAGUCAUUAAAACUUGUUUUUCAACCACUACACAAAUUUCUUGUUCACAAACUAUAGUUUUAGCAAGUUGGUUAGGACAUCUACUUUAUGUAUGACACAAGUAAUUUUUCCAACAAUUGUUUACAGACAGAUUAUUUCACUUAUAAUUCACUGUGUCACAAUUCCAGUGGGUCAGACGUUUACAUACACUAAGUGCCUUUAAACAACUUGGAAAAUUCCAGAAAAUGAUGUCAUGGCUUUAGAAGCUUCUGAUAGGCUAAUUGACAUCAUUUGAGUUAAUUGGAGGUUUACCUGUGGAUGUAUUUCAAGGACUACCUUCACACUCAGUGCCUCUUUGUUGACAUCAUGGGAAAAUCAAUAGAAAUCAGCCAAGACCUCAGAAAAAAAAUGGUAGACCUCCACAAGUCUGGUUCAUCCUUGGGAGCAAUUUCCAAAUGCCUGAAGGUACCGCUUUCAUCUGUACAAACAAUAGUACACAGUAUAAACACCAUGGGACCACGCAGCCAUCAUUACCGCUCAGGAAAGAGACGCAUUCUGUCUUCUAGAGAUUAACUUACUUUGGUGCGAAAAGUGCAAAUCAAUCCCAGAACAACAGCAAAGGACCUUGUGAAGAUGCUGGAGGAAACAGGUACAAAAGUAUCUAUAUUCACAGUAAAAACGAGUCCUAUAUCAACAUAACCUGAAAGGCAGCUCAACAAGGAAGAAGCCACUGCUCAAAAACCUCCAUAAAAAAGCCAGACUAUGGUUUGCAACUGCACAUGGGGACAAAUAUUGUACUUUUUGGAGAAAUGUCCUCUGGUUUGAUGAAACAAAAAUAGAACUGUUUGGCCAUAAUGACCAUCGUUAUGUUUGGAGGAAAAGGGGGGAGGCGUGGUAGCAUCAUGUUGUGGGGAUGCUUUGCUGCAGGAGGGACGGGUGCACUUCACAAAAUAGAUGGCAUCAUGAAGGAGGAAAAUUAUGUGGAUAUAUUGAAGCAACAUCUCAAGACAUCAGUCAGGAAGUUCAAGCUUGGUCGCAAAUGGGUCUUCCAAAUGGACAAUGACCCCAAGCAUACUUCCAAAGUUGUGGCAAAAUGGCUUAAGGACAAUGAAGUCAAGGGAUUGGAGUGGCCAUCACAAAGCCCUGACCUCCAUCCUAUAGAAAAUUUGUGGGCAGAAAUUAAAAAGCGUGUGCGAGCAAGGAGGCCAACAAACCUGACUCAGUUACACCUGCUCUGUAAGAAGGAAUGGGCCAAAAUUCACCCAACUUAUUGUGGAAAGCUUGUGGAAGACUACCCGAAACAUUUGACGUAAGUUAAACAUUUUACAGGAAAUGCUACCAAACACUAAUUGAGUGUAUGUGAACUUCUGACCCACUGGGAAUGUGAUGAAAGAAAUACAAGCUGAAAUAAAUCAUUAUCUCUAUUAUUAUUCUGACAUUUAACAUUCUUAAAAUGAAGUGGUUAUCCUAACUGACCUAAAACAGAAAUUUUUACUAGGAUUAAAUUUGAGGAAUUGUGAAAAACUGAGUUUAAAUGUAUUUGGCUAAGGUGUAUGUAAACUUACGACUUCAACUGUACAUUCCCCCAUUCCAUUACUAGAGGCCCAGGGCAUUUAAUACCAACCUACACCCAUUAGUAGAUUCCCAGGGCAUUUAAUACCUACCUACACCCAUUAGUAGAGGCCCAGGGCAUUUAAUACCUACCUACACCCAUUACUAGAGACCAAUGGUAUUGUAUACCUAGCUACACCCAUUACUAGAGGCCCCUUCCCAUGACAGAGAAACAUGGCUGAGUAAUACCCUUAAAAUAGCAAGGUUAGGGAAUAUGCUUCACUCUACUCCAUCACCAUGCAUAAACUACUAGCUAUUUAAGGCUUAUGAGAACAUCCAGUUUUGAAGUCAACAUGUUUGAAUGUAAGUGUUCGAAACUGAUACGACUGAAUCAUCUGGAAUGCUCCCAUUAAAGCUACAAUCUGGAAGACAUGUUUUGAGGUAACAGUAUACAGCUGAAGGAUGGGUCCUAUAUACAGUGGGGCAAAAAAGUAUUUAGUCAGCCACCAAUUGUGCAAGUUCUCCCACUUAAAAAGAUGAGAGGCCUGUAAUUUUCAUCAUAGGUACACUUCAACUAUGAGAGAAAAAAAUCCAGAAAAUCACAUUGUAGGAUUUUUUAUGAAUUUAUUUGCAAAUUAUGGUGGAAAAUAAGUAUUUGGUCAAUAACAAAAGUUUAUCUCAAUACUUUGUUAUAUACCCUUUGUUGGCAAUGAUAGAGGUCAAACGUUUUCUGUAAGUCUUCUGUAGGUUUUCACACACUUGCUGGUAUUUUGGCCCAUUCCUCCAUGCAGAUCUCCUCUAGAGCAGUGAUGUUUUGGGGCUGUUGCUUGGCAACACAGACUUUCAACUCCCUCCAAAGAUUUUCUAUGGGGUUGAGAUCUGGAGACUGGCUAGGCCACUCCAGGACCUUGAAAUGCUUCUUACGAAGCCAUUCCUUCGUUGCCCGGGCGGUGUGUUUGGGAUCAUUGUCAUGCUGAAAGACCCAGCCACGUUUCAUCUUCAAUGCCCUUGCUGAUGGAAAGAGGUUUUCACUCAAUCUCACGAUACAUGGCCCCAUUCAUUCUUUCCUUUACACAGAUCAGUCGUUCUGGUCCCUUUGCAGAAAAACAGCCCCAAAGCAUGAUGUUUCCACCCCCAUGCUUCACAGUAGGUAUGGUGUUCUUUGGAUGCAACUCAGCAUUCUUUGUCCUCCAAACACGACGAGUUGAGUUUUUACCAAAAAGUAAUAUUUUGGUUUCAUCUGACCAUAUGACAUUCUCCCAAUCUUCUGGAUCAUCCAAAUGCUCUCUAGCAAACUUCAGACGGGCCUGGACAUGUACUGGCUUAAGCAGGGACACACGCCUGGCACUGCAGGAUUUGAGUCCCUGGCGGCGUAGUGUGUUACUGAUGGUAGGCUUUGCUACUUUGGUCCCAGCUCUCUGCAGGUCAUCACUAGGUCCCCCCGUGUGGUUCUGGGAUUUUUGCUCACUGUUCUUGUGAUCAUUUUGACCCCACGGGGUGAGAUCUUGCGUGGAGCCCCAGAUCGAUGGAGAUUAUCAGUGGUCUUGUAUGUCUUCCAUUUCCUAAUAAUUGCUCCCACAGUUGAUUUCUUCAAACCAAGCUGCUUACCUAUUGCAGAUUCAGUCUUCCCAGCCUGGUGCAGGUCUACAAUUUUGUUUCUGGUGUCCUUUGACAGCUCUUUGGUCUUGGCCAUAGUGGAGUUUGGAGUGUGACUUUUUGAGGUUGUGGACAGGUGUCUUUUAUACUGAUAACAAGUUCAAACAGGUGCCAUUAAUUACAUUUACAUUUAAGUCAUUUAGCAGACGCUCUUAUCCAGAGCGACUUACAAAUUGGUGCAUUCACCAUUAAUACAGGUAACGAGUGGAGGACAGAGGAGCCUCUUAAAGAAGAAGUUACAGGUCUGUGAGAGACAGAAAUGUUGCUUGUUUGUAGGUGACCAAAUACUUAUUUUCCACCAUAAUUUGCAAAUAAAUUCACUAAAAAUCCUACAAUGUUAUUUUCUGGAUUUUUUUUCUCAUUUUGUCUGUCAUAGUUGAAGUGUACCUAUGAUGAAAAUUACAGGCCUCUCAUCUUUUUAAGUGGGAGAACUUGCACAAUUGGUGGCUGACUAAAUACUUUUUGGCCCCACUGUAUAAAGAAAGCUACAAUCUGGGAUAAAAAAAAAGACAAAUUACAGCAAUGCCACUUGUUUUGGUGAUGGUAUACAGCUGAGGGGAUAGGUGGUAUAAUAAUGUUUAAUGACCAUGGAACAGAUUCCCAGAAUGCACCUUUUAAAGCACAUAUCUAUUUGAGAAAGGGAACAUUAAUCCAUUGUAAGAGACCCAUAACCCUGUAAACACCAGUGUCUCUUUCUCAAAGUGUGGAUAUGUGUUAUCUGAUCAGAUGAGUAAACCCAAUUUAAUCUAAAGCUUUCCUGACAUGGAAUGAUGUAAUUGACGAACAAUGAGAUAGAUGUGUGUGGAUGUGAGAUGUUUUAAAAGCGCACUCCUGUCAAUUUAAAAGGGUUGAAAAGUUUCUAAAUGUGCAAUCCCAAAUGUUGCAUGUGCUAGGCAGAGGCGCAACUUUGGUUUUAGAUGUGGGGGGGCCCAUAAUUUGUUUUAUUUUAUCCAGUCGGAUAAACACUCCAAACAGCCUACCCGACCGCUCGGAUGCGUCCGCAUGGUCCUGAAGCACAUUGAAGUGGAUUUAACAAGUGACAUCAAUAAGGGGUCAUAGAUUUCACCUGGUCAGUCUAUGUCAUGGAAUGAGCAGGUGUUCCUAAUGUUUUGUACACUCAGUGUAUAUAAAAACAGCCGUUGGCGUUUCAGAGGCUUUUGUGUGAUAAUUAAAUUAGGCUCUAUUCAAUUUGUAUCGCUGAAGUGUUACAGAUUGCGCACUAACAUUUUUAUGGUAAUUUCCUAUUGAGCUUACAUCUGCAGUGUUUACCAUGAAUACAGUCUCCACUAAUGUGGGAACAAUGCCUUUAAAUUUGAACUUUUGCUAUACGGAUUGAAUAGAGCCCUAAGUUAUGUAGAGCUUUUUGAAAGCUGAAUUGUGUGGUGUUCCUUUACAAGUCUAAAAGGCUGAGACACUUUACUGUGCUUACUAUGAUGGCAUUGUCUUUAUCAAUCAUGCUGCAUUGAUCUCUGAUUGAUUGGUUAGAAAUACAUCCUAUAUUUUAAUGUCACCCAUUCAUUUCACUGGCAUGGCAAGUACUGUACACAUUCACGAUCUCCUCUGCACCUGAUAUAGUUAUCUAAUGGAAACUUGACAUGUUUUUUUGUAUUUUAACUGUGAUGGUUUCGUUCUUUACUUGUAUAUUGUUUCACCUUUAUCACACCAUAGGUAUUUGAAUUUUGUUUAAGAUAUACUACUGUCACUGAAUUAUCAUUUGUAUAAAAGUAUUGAUCUACAUGUUUGAUGUUUAAACUCAUGUUCAAGCUGUAUAUUUAUCUGUUGAUACAUUUUAGAUUAAAACGAAGUUCUUUUUUUUAAA